CAGCUUUAACAGCAGCAGCAGUUGGAGGGACGAACGGAGAGAGCAUACACACACACACACACACACAGAGACAGUGAUUCACCUGUGGAGCUUCAGCAUGGACGCUACCUACAAGAGAGUCAACGGGGACUGUGGUCCUCAGCCGGAGGAGGGCAAAGAGGAGCAGGGCACCAGGAGGAGACGAGGCUCCAUGUACCUGGAGGAGGAGACCAACAAGUCGGAGGUGAUCUCCUGUAUGUUCUCCCUGAAAGAGGAGGUUGGAGCUUUAGCCAGAGCACUAAGGCUAUUUGAGGACAAAGGCAUCAACCUGAUCCACAUCGAGUCUCGUCCAUCGCGGAUGAACACGAACGAGUAUGAGUUCUUCAUCAACGUGGACGCAAACUGCUCGCAGGCGCUGGACGAGGUCAUCAACAGCCUGGGGACGCAAAUCAGUGGCACCGUGCACGAGCUAACGCGCAACAAAGAGAAGGACACAGUGCCGUGGUUCCCUAAUGACAUCCAGGACUUGGACCGCUUUGCAAACCAGAUCCUCAGUUAUGGUUCUGAACUGGAGUCUGAUCAUCCGGGCUUCACAGACCCAGUGUACAGAGCCCGCAGGAAGGAGUUCGCCGACAUCGCCUACAACUACAGACAUGGUCAGCCCGUCCCCAAAGUGGAGUACACAGAGGAGGAGAGAGCCACGUGGGGGAAGGUGUUCAGGGAGCUGAAGACUCUGUACCCGACUUACGCCUGCCGCGAGCACAACCGGGUCUUCCCCCUGCUGGAGAAAUACUGUGGCUACAAGCAGGACAACAUCCCGCAGCUGGAGGACGUCUCCCGCUUCCUGCAGUCGUGCACAGGCUUCCGUCUCCGCCCGGUCGCCGGCCUGCUCUCAUCCCGCGACUUCCUGGCCGGACUGGCCUUCCGCGUCUUCCAUUCCACGCAGUACAUCCGCCACAGCUCCAAGCCCAGAUACACACCUGAGCCGGACAUCUGCCACGAGCUCCUGGGACACGUUCCGUUGUUUGCCGACCCGGGUUUUGCCCAGUUCUCACAGGAAAUCGGACUGGCCUCCCUCGGCGCCCCUGAUGAGUACAUUGAGAAGUUGGCUACAGUUUACUGGUUCACCGUGGAGUUCGGUCUGUGCAAGCAGGGAUCUGAGAUCAAAGCUUACGGCGCUGGACUGCUGUCAUCGUUCGGAGAGCUGCAGUACUCCUUGACAGAUAAGCCCCAGGUCUUGCCCUUUGACCCCGAGAAGACCAGCAUCCAGAAAUACCCAAUCACAGAGUAUCAGCCAAUUUACUUUGUGGCCGAGAGCUUUGAGGACGCCAAAGAGAAAGUCAGAAAAUUCGCAGGGACUAUUCCCCGACCUUUCACGGUGCGAUACAACCCUUACACCCAGAGCGUGGAAGUGCUGGACAACACCCAGCGGCUCAGAAACUUAGCCGACAGCAUCGGCAGUGAAAUGGGGAAACUGUGUGAAGCUCUGAGGAAACUGGCGUAAAAAAAACGUGUGAAGAGAGAACCAAGGACUCGCCCGACCAUCAUCACCACUUUCUUUUUUUCUAUAAUCAAGUAUUAUUAGUCAUAACUAAUUACCUUGUAUGAUUUUGCAAAAUGAGUUAUUUGUAUCUAAACCAAUACAGCAUUUACUGUGUAAUCCAUAAAGUGGUUAAAAACGUUGAGGACAGGCGUGGACAUGACAUUUGACCGCUCAAAUGUUGUAUAACCAUUAUUGAAAUAUAAAUGUAUACGCAUCUAAAAUAAGAGUGUCAUCUACGACGGCAUAUUCUUGACUUGAUUUUUUAAAAAUUGGAAAGCAUUUCGAGAGAUUUUCUGUCUUUUUUGGAUGACAUUUUACUUUGGAUUGUUUCAAUAUUUGUAAUAUGCAUGAAAUUCAUUCAGUGAAAUAAAUAAAUAUUGUUUUCUUUGGA